GCAGAAAAUUUCCCGCCAUUUCUCGCAUCAGCAAAAAGGAAACCCUAGAACAGAUUGACAGAAAUCAACUGAGAGAGUGAGAGUGGGAGUGACGGAGGCAGCCAUGGAAGAGGAGAUCAAAGCAGAGUUCUUGAAGAGCGGGUUUACUCUUGACGAAGAACAAGAGAUUCUCAAAAAAUGUCAUACAUUUUGUCAAGAUUACGGUCUCGAGCCUUCCGAUCUGGUUUCAAGCUGGGAGAUUUAUUAUCUCAAUCGACAACUUGAUGAAUCUGUUGUGAAGGAUGCAGAGAUGGAUGGGUUUUUAGGGCACCUGCAGAGUGAACAAUUAGGUGCGAGUGCUAAAAAGGAUCCUGGUUUGCAUAUGUACUCUUUUAAAGACGUUGACAUGGUUCUUGAUGCUGAAGAUGAAGAUGCAAAAGAUGUUAUUCUUGGAACUCCAAUAGACAAAUCUGAGAAACUUCAGUUGGACAUAUAUGACUCGGCUCAUAAAACAAAUGGGAACAUUUAUUCUUCUGAGAGAAAAUCAAAACUAGUGACACCAUUUGGGAAACGAAGUAACAAAUUUGUGGUCAAAUUCAACAUUGAUAAUCUUCCUACUAUAGAGACUGCCAAUGGCAUUGAAGAACAUUAUGAUCUUGAGGAUGGAAUUAUUAAAAGGGUUCAACCUCUAAAAAGCUCUUCAUUGGUGGUCCACCGAUCAGGGCUAGAACCAGGUUGCAGGUUCAUGUAUGACACGAUUGAAGACAGGUUCAAUGCAAUUGAAAACCGCAUCAGAAAGCAUGCAGCUGCACUUGUUGCAUCUAGUCUCUACGAAGAACCAAUGGAUCCAUCAGUUGCUUCGCAGAGGAGCAUGUUUGCCGUUGGGAUGAUCUGCUGUGAUGGAGAAGGUCAUCUAAAUGAUAAAUCUAUCUUGUUGCAAAGCAGUGUUGAGCAUUCGAGAGGGCAACUUGUUCGUCUAGAGUUAAAUAAACUGAGUUACUUUUCUGUUUUUCCAGGCCAGGUUGUAGGCAUCAAGGGUCACAAUCCUAGUGGCCAUUGUUUGAUUGCAUCAGAGCUAGUAGAUUCUGUUCCUUUAUCCAUUGCUGCUGACGCAGAUUUGCCUCCUACAAAGAAGCAAGCUUUAGAUGGGGAGAUUCAGGCAACUCAUCUUUCCUCCACGCCAACAGAGACCACAAUGAUUAUUGCUGCUGGUCCAUUCACUACUACAGACAACUUAUUAUUUGAACCUCUUUCGGAACUGCUUGCCUACGCAACCAGAAACUCUCCACAGUUGCUUAUACUGUUAGGACCUUUUAUCGAUUCUGAACAUCCACAGAUCAAGAAAGGAACUGUUGACUUGAGUUUCGAUGAUAUAUUCCAAUCAGAAGUUCUUAGAAUGGUUCAAGAUUAUUUGGAAUAUAUGGGACCCAAUGCUCGGUUGGUUAUGGUUCCUUCCAUACGAGAUGCUAAUCAUGAUUUUGUUUUCCCUCAGCCUGCUUUCGAUCUCGAUUCUCUCGAUGUUAGGCUUCAGAUAACCAGUCUCAAUAAUCCAGGGAUUUUUGAGGCAGAUCAGUUCAUGAUAGGUUGCUGCACGGUAGAUAUUCUCAAACAUCUUAGUGGGGAGGAGAUGUCAAGACAUUCAAUGGAUGGACAACCUAAUGAUCGGUUGAGUAGACUUGCCAACCAUAUUCUUAGCCAACAGAGCUUUUAUCCACUGUAUCCACCAGCUGAAGGUGUCCCAAUGGAUUUUUCCCUUGCUUCUGAAGCUCUUCAUAUAUCUUCCGUUCCAGAUCUUCUUAUCUUACCUUCAGACAUCAAGUACUUUGUCAAGGUGUUACCUGUAGGGGGGACAACCGAAGGGGAAGAAGAACAAAUGAAAAGAUGUGUUUGUAUUAACCCGGGAAGACUGGCUAAGGGAGAAGGUGGCGGCACGUUUGUAGAGCUAAAAUAUCAGGGGAGUUCUGAUAAGAUGAAUGCUUCAAUUAUCAGCAUAUGAGUCUCUUGCAUUGCCUUAAAAAUGCACAUGACAUUCCUUGGGAAAUGGGGGAAUCAAAUGCUAGGGCAGAUGCAAAGAAGGCAAAGCAACAAAAUUGAAGUUCAUGAAGUAUUUGAUAUAAAGAUAUGAUAUGGUAGCUUCAGAAUGUCAUUUUGUUAAGACCAAACUAAUUGCAGAAGUAGAUAGAAAAAAGAGAUUAGAUGGUAAAUUUGCCUGUAUUAUUGUUAUUAAUCUUUUGUUAACUUUUUUUUAUACAAUACAGACACUACCACAGUUGAAAUUACGGAUCGAACCUUGUCAUGAGUAUGGAUGAACUUCCCUUCGGCCAAUGGGCCUACUUUUGGAGUUCUUUUUGUUCUUAAA